CCGAGCGAAGAAGUUAAGAUCUCGAGAAGAGUCUAAAGGGGGAUUACUUUCCUUCCUUCCAUGGUCGUCGUCGAAAUUUCAAAUACACUCAAUCAGCGAGCAGAGAAGGGGACUAAUUCGUAGCGACUUGGAAGAUGAGGCCGAACAUUGUUACCGAGGCUGGGAUUCAAACAAGAGUUUCACAAUGGUGGAAUGCUAUACCUUUCCUCACCUCUUCGGUGGUUGUGGUUUGCGGGCUCAUUUACCUGAUUUGCCUCUUAACUGGAUACGACACUUUCUACGAAGUCUGCUUCUUACCCUCUGCAAUUCUAUCGCGGUUUCAAGUUUAUAGGUUUUACACGGCCAUUUUAUUCCAUGGAUCGAUGCUUCAUGUUAUGUUCAACAUGAUGGCUUUGGUUCCUAUGGGCUCCGAGCUGGAGAGAAUCAUGGGAUCUGUCCGCUUGUUUUACCUGACUAUUUUGCUGGCAACGACCAAUGCCGUAUUGCAUCUUCUUAUAGCAUCGUUGGCGGGAUAUAACCCUUUCUAUCAGUAUGACCAUCUCAUGAAUGAGUGCGCGAUUGGAUUCUCUGGAAUCUUGUUCUCAAUGAUUGUCAUAGAGACAAGUCUCAGUGGAGUCACCUCUAGAAGUGUGUUUGGUCUCUUCAACGUGCCCGCUAAACUAUAUCCAUGGAUCUUAUUGAUUGCAUUCCAGCUUCUCAUGACAAAUGUUUCGCUGCUUGGUCACCUAUGUGGCAUCUUGUCUGGAUUUGCAUAUUCUUAUGGCCUUUUCAAUUUCUUGAUGCCCGGCUCUUCAUUUUUCUCCAACAUUGAGUCAGCCUCAUGGAUGGCUAGCUGUGUAAGGCGACCCAAAUUCAUUAUGUGCACUGGUGGAAAUCCUUCCAGUUACAUGCCCACUUAUUCUGUACAAAACACGACAUCCAGUGGUUUCUCUACAGGAAAUGCGUGGAGAUCCUUGUCUUCAUGGCUGCCACAGAGGGAAGCAUCUAAUCAAUCUUCUGAGGAUAGUAGAUUUCCGGGAAGAGGUAGAACUCUUAGCGGUACUGCCCGUGAUCUAACCCCUCCAGCUGGAGAAACAAACCCAAACCUCCAUGCUAGACUAUUGGAAGAUAACACUCCAGACCGCCUUUCUGAUGCAACUGUGACUGGCAUGCCAGAGCCAAUCCCCACCACAAGGCAGGUGCCAAUAGCAAAUGCAGCAGUCCUACCUCAAUCCCAGACGCAGGGUCGUGUUGGUGCUUCUGAAGAACAAAUCCAGAAACUCGUUGCCAUGGGCUUUGAAAGGACACAAGUGGAGGUUGCACUUGCUGCUGCAGAUGACGAUCUAAACGUAGCUGUGGAGAUCUUAAUGAGCCAACAGGGCUAACACAUACCAAAUUGCAAAGUAUUACAUUGGAGUGUACUGUAACGUUCGUCUCUCAUUCCAUGUUUUACUUGCAUUUAGAAACUGUAUAGCGCUCCUGUUUAACCAGAUAAUCAAACCGGUUUUCCGGUUUAGAUUCUAUACAAACGAAUGGUUGGAUUGAGUUUCGCUUUUGUUGCAAUGCUACCUCACUUAUUUGCAGAAAAACUUAAAAUGAAUUAGUUCGGCUUUGGUUUGGUUGAC